AUUGGCCGGCCGCCUUGAGAAGCACGCGGCCACGGUGGCGGGCGGGCAGUCGGAGGGCGGCGGGCAGGCGGGCCAGCGGACGGGCGGAGGGCGGCCGGGGUAGCGCGCAGGGGGCAUGGCGGGUGCGGGACUGCGGGCGACAGCUAGGCGCUGGCUGCUGUGCAGAGGCCACGGCGGACCGCGGGCCGCCUCGUCCUCACCCUCCUGCCCUGGCUGCGGCCCGCCGGGUCCCGGAGCCCACUGCCCCAGCACCCCGCGCUCGGCGCCCGCAGACGGCGCGGACCUCAGCGCGCACUUAUGGGCUCGUUACCAGGACAUGCGGAGGCUGGUGCACGACCUUCUGCCCCCCGAGGUCUGCAGCCUGCUAAACCCCGCAGCUAUUUAUGCCAACAAUGAGAUCAGCCUGAGUGACGUCGAAGUCUAUGGCUUUGACUACGACUACACGCUGGCCCAGUAUGCAGAUGCGCUGCACCCUGAGAUCUUCAAUGCUGCCCGGGACAUCUUGAUAGAGCACUACAAGUAUCCUGAGGGGAUUCGGAAGUAUGACUAUGACCCCAGCUUUGCCAUCCGUGGCCUGCACUACGACAUUCAGAAGAGCCUUCUGAUGAAAAUUGACGCGUUUCAUUAUGUACAACUGGGAACGGCCUACAGGGGCCUCCAGCCUGUGCCGGAUGACGAAGUGAUCGACCUGUACGGGGGCACCCAGCACAUCCCACUGUACCAGAUGAGUGGCUUCUAUGGCAAGGGCCCGUCUAUCAAGCAGUUCAUGGACAUCUUCUCACUCCCAGAGAUGGCUCUGCUGUCCUGUGUGGUGGACUACUUUCUGGGCCACGGCCUGGAGUUUGACCAAGUACACCUCUACAAGGAUGUGACGGACGCUAUCCGGGAUGUUCACGUGAAGGGCCUCAUGUACCAGUGGAUUGAGCAAGACAUGGAGAAGUACAUCCUGAGGGGAGAUGAGACUUUUGCCGUGCUGAGCCGCCUGGUGGCCCACGGGAAGCAGCUGUUCCUCAUUACCAACAGUCCCUUCAGCUUUGUGGACAAAGGUAUGCGGCACAUGGUAGGUCCCGACUGGCGCCAACUCUUCGACGUGGUCAUUGUCCAGGCAGACAAACCCAACUUUUUCACUGACCGGCGCAAGCCUUUUCGCAAGCUUGACGAGAAGGGCUCCCUCCACUGGGACCGUAUCACUCGCCUAGAGAAGGGCAAGAUCUAUCGGCAGGGAAACCUGUUUGAUUUUCUUCGUCUGACGGAAUGGCGAGGGCCGCGUGUGCUCUACUUCGGUGACCACCUUUACAGUGACCUGGCGGAUCUCAUGCUGCGGCACGGCUGGCGCACGGGAGCCAUCAUCCCUGAGCUGGAGCGCGAGAUCCGCAUCAUCAACACGGAGCAGUACAUGCACUCGCUGACCUGGCAGCAGGCUCUCACUGGGCUGCUGGAGCGCAUGCAGACCUAUCAGGAUGCAGAGUCACGGCAGGUGCUGGCUACCUGGAUGAAGGAGCGGCAAGAACUGAGAUGCAUCACAAAGGCCCUGUUCAACGCUCAGUUCGGGAGCAUCUUCCGCACCUUCCACAACCCUACCUACUUCUCCCGGCGCCUCGUGCGCUUCUCCGACCUCUACAUGGCCUCUCUCAGCUGCCUGCUCAACUACCGCGUAGACUUCACCUUCUACCCGCGCCGCACACCCCUGCAGCACGAGGCACCCCUCUGGAUGGACCAGCUGUGCACCGGCUGCAUGAAGACACCCUUUCUUGGUGACAUGGCCCACAUCCGCUAAGGGCACUUUUAUUGUCCUGGACAGACCAUUGGCCCCCUCAGCCACCCUGAUAGGCAAUAAAAGUGGUCUGUGUCGUCCCAGA